AUGAUGAUUCCCGAUAGGUCUCCCGAAAUACCACUACUUGCCUUAUCCACUUUUUCAUUCCCGGCCUCAUCUACUUCGUCUGACCUGCGGCAUGUUGAAACAUUCCGUUACAGUCCUAUUGAUGACAGCUUGGGCAAUCCGAGCGUAGGUGCUGCAAGACGGUAUGCCGAGCUGUACCACCUUGCUCUCACUAGCAAUGGGGAAAUCAGUCCCAAAACGAAAGUUUCGUUCACGGAAGACGAGACCAUAACAGAGAGGCCAAAGUUGAGGAGAAUCUCUGCGAGAGUCGGUGGCUACCGCGAUCAAGACAUUGCUGCCGAAGCAGCAUCGAGCUCCCUGGAGUUGGAUCAAGUCGCAGAAAAGUCGGAAAUGCCGCCUUCGGCGGCCCUUGAGUCUUCUACAGCAAGCCAGUAUGAAUCGAACAAUAAAUCCAGGGAUGAGGUCGAGCUCGACUGUGAUGAUACGACACACCAGCGUGACCCAUGCACGGACGCAAUAUACCACGGCCUGUCACAAGCUUCACCUCUCAUCCUAAGUAGACCAAGCAGUACUAUUACCUUCUCUGACGCCACAUCUGAAUACCACGAACGUGGACCGACAUCUUCGCUCGACUCGACAUCUAGCUGCUGUAUCGAACUUGAGCACACGCUCACGCUCGCCAAUGCGCUCAUCGGAUCUCUUCAUGCGGAUAUCGAUAUGCUGCGCCUAUAUAUGCGCCGCAGCGACGCCGAGAUACAGAAGCUCAGGCAGACGGUGGAUUACUCAAACGAGGUGCUAGGAGAAACAUACAAUAUUAUUCAUUCGUUGGAGAAGGAAAUCAGUGAGGUGGUGAGGAAGCUCGAAGACGGGCAGGCAUCGGGCAAGAAAGGGGCUUCUGGUAGCGUGUCUGGUAGGUGGUCGAGAAAGUUUGGAAAGGCCAUGAGGGGAACGGAUCUGCUCCAAAAGCUGCGAGAUGAUCAAAAUAUGACUGCGUGGUCAAUGACCAAUCUCGAAAGCAGUCUACAUUUCGGGACAGAACGAACAGAGUCGGUGUCGUUCAUGGCAUUGAGAGGCUUUCAUGGCAAGGUACGGGAAAAUGCAAAGGACUUGAAGAGCAAGAUUGAGCAAUUCAUUGAGAAGGUGCGAUUGUGUCAGCGACUGCAGACACGUUGA